AGUUAAAGUGAAAUCUACUCACUGUUUGGCCCUGCUUUUCUCUGUCUUCUAGUUCUAGGGUUUUAGUUUCCAUUCCAUAAGGGUUUUGUUUUCUGAGGACCGAGAUUCUCUGAAUACAGAGAGGGAGAGGGAGAGAGAAAGAGGAAGGGAAAGAAAAUGAAGGUGAAAGUAAUAUCACGUUCUACAGAUGAGUUCACUCGAGAACGAAGCCAAGAUCUGCAGAGGGUGUUUCGUAAUUUCGACCCCAGCUUACGAUCCCAAGAGAAAGCCGUCGAGUACGUCCGAGCUCUUAAUGCUGCCAAAUUGGACAAGAUAUUUGCAAGGCCCUUUAUUGGAGCUAUGGAUGGGCAUAGAGAUUCCAUUAAGUGUAUGGCAAAGAACCCAAAUUACUUGAAAGCAAUUUUUUCUGGUUCUGACGACGGAGAUAUCCGACUUUGGGAUUUAGCUUCCAGGCGAACAGUUUGUCAAUUUCCUGGCCACCAAGGUGCUGUACAAGGUUUGACAGUAUCAACAGAUGGAAGCAUUCUUGUAUCAUGUGGCAGUGAUUGCACUGUUAGGCUCUGGAAUGUUCCUGAUGCUAAUCUUGCAGAUUCAGAUAUUCUUUCCGAUAAUUCAGCUAAGCCAGUAGCAGUUUAUGUUUGGAAGAAUGCAUUCCGGGCUGUUGAUCACCAAUGGGAUGGUGAUCUCUUUGCCACAGCUGGUGCUCAAGUAGAUAUAUGGAAUCACAAUAGGUCUCAGCCAGUGAACACUUUUGAUUGGGGAGCAGACACAACUAUAUCUGUUCGAUUUAAUCCAGGAGAGCCAAAUAUCUUGGCAACAUCAGCUAAUGAUCGGAGCAUAACAUUGUAUGAUCUGCGGAUGUCAUCCCCGGCAAGGAAAGUUAUUAUGAGGACGAAAACCAAUUCUAUUGCUUGGAACCCAAUGGAGCCUAUGAACUUCACCGCGGCAAAUGAGGAUUGCAAUUGCUACAGCUAUGAUGCCAGAAAGCUGGAGGAGGCCAAGUGUGUGCACAAAGAUCAUGUUUCUGCAGUAAUGGAUAUUGAUUUCUCACCAACUGGUCGGGAAUUUGUAACUGGAUCUUAUGAUAGAACAGUCAGAAUUUUCCAGUAUAAUGGUGGUCACAGUCGAGAAAUCUACCAUACGAAGAGAAUGCAAAGGGUAUUCUGUGUGAAGUAUAGCUGUGAUGCCAGUUAUGUCAUUUCGGGAAGUGAUGAUACUAACCUUAGGCUCUGGAAAGCUAAAGCAUCAGAACAAUUGGGAGUGGUACUUCCAAGGGAAAGAAAGAAACAUGAGUAUCUUGAAGCUGUUAAGAAUCGUUACAAGCAUCUGCCUGAAGUUAAGCGUAUUGUGAGGCACAGGCACUUGCCAAGACCAGUUUACAAGGCAGCCAACCUCAGACGCACUAUGAUUGAAGCAGAAAGAAGGAAAGAACAAAGAAGGAAAGCUCACAGUGCCCCUGGAAGCAUUGUGACUGAACCAGUUCGUAAAAGAAGAAUAAUCAAAGAGGUUGAGUGAGUUGUCCUGUGGAACUUCCUUGAACAAGCAUCAGCACUGCAUAUCUGCAGUUCUCUGUAGCCGAAUGUUAGUUGGCUGCAAUUCCUGAAUUUCGUGACUUUUGAGCUCGACCCUCAACUAAAUGUAGGUUGUAGUAAGCUGAGGCAGCUUCUUUUUGUUUCAAUUCACAAUUUUGUCACACAAAAAGUUGAUAGAUGUAUUUGUAAUUGUAAUGAAUAUUAUAAUCUGGUUUUAAGGCUUAUUAACGAAUGAAAAAAUGGAUACUGGGCUUCAUUCAA